CCCUAACCCUAACCCCUAACCUAACCCUAAACCCUAACCUAACCCUAAAACCCUAACCCUAACCCCAACACCCUAGUGAAAAUCGUGCGGGUGUUAAUCUGAAAAUUUACCGAGCCAACACUCUUUCAUAACUUUUGAUUUUUCUUUUAAAUCUUUAACAUUUAUAAAAAAUAUUUUAGAGAUAUUUCAUUCAUUUUUCCUGUUUCCCUUCUUACAGUUUAUUAUUAAGGCUUUUUAAAUUAAUAAAUUAAGUACCAAUUGGGCACUAGGUCGAUGUAAUGGACUAACCCCUUCCCCAAAAUUUUAGGCCUAGUAGAGAAGAUUAUAAGUUUUCGACUUCGUUGUGUAAGCUGAUCUCCAUGACAACAUGACUACAUCGGCAAGGGGACUUUUCGAUUGGCUAAAUAUAAUUUAAACACUUGAAACUUCUUUAUUAUUAAUUUCUAAAAAGAGAAAAAAGAAAAAAAAAAACUGAAUGCGAUUUUCGUCAUCAGUAUACAAGGAUUUUUGAGAUGAGAUAGUGAAAGAAGAGAAGAAAGAAAAGAAUGAAAGAAAGAGAAAGACAAAAAGGAAAUGAAGAGUCAGAAAAGAAAAGGGAAGAAAGAAGGGAGAAAAAGAAAGGCAGGAAAGCAGAAAAGAGAAGGAAUGAAAAAUAGAAAGAAAGGAAAAAAAAAGAAAGAAGGAAAGAGAACGAAAGAAAUAAGGAAAAACCAAAGAGAAAGGAAGAAGGAAGGAGACCGAAAAAAAAAAAGAGAGAAAGAAAAACAAAGAAGCCGAAAGGAACUGACGUGUGCAGUUGUAUGUUCGAGUGGUUGUGUGUCAUGUGACUUUGAGAAAGCGCGCCAAACUUCAAUUAAUCUGGGUUUGUCACUUCGGUUAAUGAGGUAACGUCACAGUAAUGACCGAUCUUGGACUAUCUUUGGAUUUCAGUCGUGAUGAGGAAGAUGUCGAACCUAUGACGGCUAAUGAAGUCCUCUCGAAACUCGAAGAGGCAUGGCUAAACGAGAAGUUCUCUCCUGUUUUACUUGAAUCCAAAACAGAAAUUGUUGAAUGCUUGCUUGAGCAGAUUGGUGUCAUGGAAGAGAAUAUCCGCAAGGCCAAAAAAGGAGAUUUUAAGGUCAACGUCCACAGAAUGGAGCUGGACCGAGUGAGGUUUGUGUUGAACAGUUAUUUACGAAUACGUCUAGAAAAGAUCCAAUCUCAUGCUGCCCAUUAUAUCAACAAGGACAAUAGUGAAGAUGAAGGACACUCGUUAUUUUCACCUGCAGAGUUAGCUUUUGCUAAAGAAUAUUUGUCUUCUGUUGAAGAUCAUCUCACAGGCCUUGUCGUCCAACACAUGCCAGCUAUGUUGCAUACAUUGAAGUCUAAUUUAUCCGGAAUCGCUCCUUCUUUGGACAGCUACGUCUUCUUCAAGGUCAACAAAGAUGUCGAUGGAGUUUUGGUUGAAGAGGAGACAUUGGAAACGGGGGAUGAAAUUGUAGAUUUAAAGAAGGGUGAUCAACAUAUAAUGCGGUACCUCCCAGUCCAAUCCCUGGUGGCUUCUGCUGAUAUCAGUCUAAUAUAAAGGACUGAUCAAAUGAAAUUAAUCGGAUGACAUUAAAUUAUAUCUGAGUGUGUGAAAUAAAGAGACAGUUUUUUUUUUUUUUUGGAAGGAAGAGAAUGGGUGACCAAUUAUGGACCUAUGGACCCAUCUUUGUGUAUGAGGCACACACACACACACGCAUGUUCAUACAUAGACACACACAUUAACACUGCCUUCUUUUACAUACCUGUAUUUGUUUGUUUAAUGUUAUUUUCUUUUUUUCUUGCUGGAAUGGGUAAGAUACAGGGUUAUUUUAAGACAGCCUUAUUGGUCUAUAUGUGGAGGCGCAAUGGCCCAGUGGUUAGGGAAGCAGACUCGCGGUUUCGAUUCCCAGACUGGGCGUUGUGAGUGUUUAUUGAGUGAAAACACCUAAAGCUCCACGAGGCUCCGGCAGGGGAUGGUGACGAACCCUACUGUACUCUUUCACUACAACUUUCUCUCACUCUUUCUUCCUGUUUCUGUUGUACCUGUAAUUCAAAGGGUCAGCUUUGUCACACUGUGUCACGCUGAAUAUCCCCGAGAACUACGUUAAGGGUACACAUGUCUGUGGAGUGCUCAGCCACUUGCACGUUAAUUUCACGAGCAGGCUGUUCCGUUGAUCGGAUCAAGUGGAACCCUUGACGUCAUAAGCGACGGAGUGCCAACAACAACAUUGGUCUAUAUAUUGUGAUUUGCUGUCAAUAAAAAAAUGCAAUAGGGCCCAGUACAUUGCUUUGCCUAGGAACCUAUAAAACUACUAAGAUGACUCUUGUUAGACAGUGAGUUAUUUGAGGCAGGAUUUUACAGCCGGAUGUUUUUCCUGACACCAACCCUCAACUGUCUGUCAAAUAUGGAAUUUUUAUUUAUUCCAAAGAUAUUUGAAAUUGCAGAGCCAUUGGUAGCAUUGUCAACAAAGAGUGUCAGCGUCAUCACUGUUUUGCUCAGAGGGCGAUAUGUUUGAAGUAUCAGCAUCCACACUUACAUAUACUCUCUUUUACUCUUUUACUUGUUUCAGUCAUUUGCCUGCGGCCAUGCUGGAGCACCGCCUUUAGUCGAGCAAAUCGACCCCGGGACUUAUUCUUUGUAAGCCUAGUACUUAUUCUAUCGGUCUUUUUUUGCUGAACCGCUAAGUUACGGGGACAUAAACACACCAGCAUCGGUUGUCAAGCAAUGCUAGGGGGACAAACACAGACACACACACACACACACACACAUAUAUAUAUAUACAUAUAUAUGACGGGCUCCUUUCAGUUUCCGUCUACUAAAUCCACUCUCAAGGCUUUCGUUGGCCCGAGGCUAUAGUAGAAGACACUUGCCCACGGUGCCACUCAGUGGGACUGAACCUGGAACCAUGUGGUUGGUAAGCAAGCUACUUACCACACAGCCACUCCUGUGCCUAUAUACAAACAUUUAUAUUCUGUUAUUCUUCUACUUGUUUCAUGGUAGUGCACUGCCUUAAAUGGUCUUUUAGUCAAACAAAUCGACCCCAGAACUUAUUCUUUGUAAGCCUAAUACUUAUUCUAUCAGUCUCUUUUACUGAACUGCUAAGUUAUGGGGACAUAAACACACCAACAUCAGUUAUCAAGCAUUCUGUAAAUUUCAUUUGUAUAAACAGGAUGUUCAAAAAGUCUCUCUGCAUUAAGUAUUUUAUUGCAAAAUAAAUAUUUUUAUAAGAUGGUAUAAGACUGCAAAAGAAUAUAUUAGACUUUACAAGAGUUUAAAAAACUUUAUAAAAGUGUUGAAAGUGUCGUCUUUCAUUUUCAAUACAUAAGUUGACUCUUCUACGCAUGUUUUGAAAUACAUCUUGGAGAGUCUGACACGGUAUGGACCGUGUGGUGAAAGUUAUGAUUGUGUCCUUUAGCUCAUUAAUGGUUUUCAGGCGAUUCUUGUACCCUGAUUCUUUACUGGUUCCCCAGAAAAAACGUCUGGUGGUGUUAAAUCAGGUGAUCUUGCCGGCCAAAGUCCCUCUGAAAUAAUCCGUUCAUCGUAAAACUUUUGAAGUAGCACCGUGGUUAUGCGUGAAGUUGACUCUUCUACACAUGUUUUGAAAUACAUCUUGGAGUGUCUGACACGGUAUGGACCGUGUGAAGGUUAUGAGUGUGUCUUUUCGCUCAUUAAUGGUUUUCGGGCGAUUCUUAUACACUGAUCCCUUACUUCCUCCCCAGAAAAAAUGUCUGGUGGUGUUAAAUCAGGUGAUCUUGGUGGCCAAAGUCCCUUCAAAAUAAUCCGUUCAUUGUAAAACUCUUGAAGUAGCACCGUUGUGAUGCGUGAAGUAUGUGGUGUAGCUCCAUCUUGCUAAAAGUAUGCAUUAUUACUUUCACUUUCAGUGAGUUGGCCAUAAAUGGAUUUACUCUUUUACUUGUUUCAGCCAUGCUGGAGCACCGCCUUUAGUCGAGUUAAUCGACCCCAGGACUUAUUCUUUGUAAGCCUAGUACUUAUUCUAUCAGUCUCUUUUGCUGAACCGCUAAGUUAUGGGGACGUAAACACACCAGCAUCGCAUGUCAAGCGAUGUUGGGGGGACAAACACAGACACACAAGCAUACACAUAUACAUAUAUAUGACGGGCUUCUUUCAGUUUCCGUCUACCAAAUCUGCUCACAAGGCUUUGGUCGGCCCGAGGCUAUGGCAGAAGACAUUUGCCCAAGGUGCCAUGAAGUGCGACUGAACCCAGAACCAUGUGGUUGGUAAGUAAGCUACUUACCACACAGCCACUCCUGACAAUAUUUGAGCAAUAUCUUUCGGUGUUGAUGGUGUCUUCAAAAAAUAUCAGUCCCACAAUACGCUUUCUCGUAAUUCCUAUCCAUACUCCAGCUUUUUCAGGAUGCAGAGGUUGCUCAUCCUUCACGUGUGGAUUCUCAGUGCUCCAUAACCUUGUGUUUUGCAAAUUUACGUAUCCCAACAUUUGAAACCAAGCCUCAUCAGUGUAAAAGCACCCAUCCAGCACUUCUAUGCCUUUUGCAGCAACAAAGUUUUGGAACCAAUGACAAUAACGAAGCCUUUUAGCAUUAUCCAUAAUCUUCAAUUCUUGAAUGGCCAGCUCUUUGUAUGGAAAGAAAUUUUAUUUCUUUUUUACUGCCAUGUAAGCACUUCCUAGGCUGACUUCCGUUUCCUGUGACAAUUUGCAUAGGGACUUUGAUGGGUUUGCCAACAGUUUAUCAGAAAUAUUAGAGAGUGUUUCAGCUGAAAGAACAGUAGGCCUACCGCUUCUUGCUGCAUCUUCCAAUGAGCCUGUGUUUUUAAAUUUUCUUAUCAAAUCUCGCACAGUAUCACGAUGUGGAACAACAGUAUUUGGAAAAGAACUUCUGUUUCACAGUAUCUGUGUAUUUGUUUCCAGCUCGAAACACCCUUUCAACUAAAAAUGUACGUUCUUCAAUGGUUUGCAUGUUGACACGCUGAAGGGUAGGUACACAAUGACUGACACCCGGCCGACCAUGCAGUGGUAGCCAAGUUGUGCAUGCGCAGGAUUAAAAAAAAAAUUCGCUGUGGAGAGACUUUUUGAACACAUAUAUAUAUAUACACAUACACACACGAUGGGCUUUUUUUCAGUUUCUGUCUACCAAAUCCACUCAUAAGGUUUUGAUUGGCCUGAGGCUAUAGUAGAAGACUGGUCUUCCUUUUCAGGACCAGAAUAUAUUUCUUUGCUGAUUUAUUACUGAAUAUUUCACAAAACUCAAGAAAGACCCACUUUGGAGUCUGCCCCAUCAUUGCUGCUGUUGCUACUACAACAGAAGAACAGCUGAGAAGGCAUCCAAUAAACAAAAGAAAAGAAAUAAUGAAAAAAAAAAAAUGUGAUGGAUUGAUUAAAACCUCCCACCACACCUCACCUACAUACUACCACCACUGACCAUCAUGUUUCCUUCUCCCUUCUCCCUCCCUCUCUCUAACCACUGAUACUUUCAUGGCUUCUGUUUCUCUAAACCAGUAAAGUGGGUUAUAACUCCCUGCUCCUCGCAAGCCCAUCUAAUGCCCCUGUAUUUCCUUUGGUUGUCACCAGUUAAUCCAUUCAUUUUAUUCUAAUAAAUAAUAAAGACUUCUAACUCAA